UUUCGAGCCUUGUGCAUUUGUGGGACCCGUCUCACGAAUGCACGACGUCUGUCGCGUCUCGAAAUUGGGUUUUGGGGCGUGACAGAUUUAGUGGUAUCAGAGCUUAGGUUAAAUUAGAUAUCUGGAGAUUUAGUGGUAUCAGAGCUUAGGUUAAAUUAGAUAUCUGGAGAUUGAGUGGUAUAAGAGCUUAGGUUUAAAUUAAGAGUUUAAGAUUAAAUUAAGCACCUCCAGAUUGAGUGGCAUCAGAGCAGAUUGAGUGAUAUCCGAGCCUAGGUUUAAUUGAAUACCUAGGAUUUGUUUUGGACUUGGCUAGCCAGUGGAUUUUAGAACCGUGGUGAGACGAGUGAUGGGUUUAUAUAAGGGACAAUUCUGAUUCAUGUUGCCUGAAUUUUCUAAUCCAUUUUGAUGAGAUGGUGAUCUGAUUGUUCUUGUUUCUUGCCUUCAUACUCUGUAUGAAGUUGUGAAAGUAAUCUUGCCCGUUAUGUCCUGAAGACCUUGUUUUGAACUUGGUCAUUUUCUGAUUGUCCGCACUUGUUUAGGCUUGUUACGUGAAUAGAAUUUUGUGUGCUCUUUUGCCACAAUUGUGAAAUCUGGGGAGUUGUAGAGAUCUUUUGUUAUUGAUCCUGUUAGUCUCUACAGCAUAGCUGGUGGAGAAUUUGUUUUAUUUGUCACAUGACCAGUGGAAGAUGGGCAACCCUCUACUUUGUAAGAGAUUCAAGGCUAUUUUAGCCAAUGUUGUGUGUUUUUCUAGAUGCGUGUUAGGAGCUGGAUUAACUUGGUAAUUCCGUUGCUCCUUAUCUUUUUGAAAGUUUUAUAGUGAAAUUUCACUUUUUCCAUUUGGAGCUUCAUGGUCUUUUCAUGUGGCUCAUAUUUCUAUAUUGGUUAAUCAAGAGCAGUGAUCCUUCAAUUGAAAUUGCCUUGUUUUUGUGAAGAUUGGCAAGUUGUCAUAAAGUUAAACUCUCUAUUGUUGCCAAUCUCUACAUUCUUGAUACCUGAAAUUGCUUGAAACUCUUGAAAUCCGUCUUGAAUCUUUCUUGAUAUUGCUUUGUACUUGUUCUUGAAACUGAAAUCCAGAAAUGGAUAGUGAUU